AUGCAACACCUUGAAAUGUUUUAUUUGGCACAAGUCUCCCUCCAUCUUCCAACGAUGAUAGACGUUGCAAACUUUGUUCAAGUGAAUCACAAAGCUUGUGAAUCAAUUUCUUGUUUAAAAGUAAAUCCAUGGUUUACUGCAAAAGAGGACAUUGAAAAAUUUUGUUCUAUUCACACGACUGACACCAUCAACUGCAACUCAUUUAAUAUUUCAAAAGAACUUUUGAAUAAAGCCACUUUCAUAAGAAAUUACUUGGUAUCAUAUGAGGAAACGAGUGAUUGGAUAACAUCAGAAUUUUGUAGUAAAUUUACCACAUUCAUUUUGAUGGAAAGCGUUGAAAUUAAUCCAGAAAUAUUUUCACAAAUAUUUAAAAUUGUAGUCGACUCCAAUGUUACCAAAGUCAAAAUGACAGUCCGAACAUUUUACAACUUUCUCUUGUAUAUAAAAGAAUCUGUUGACAUUAAAGUUCAACACAAGUUGUUUAAAACGGCAUUUUUGUUCUUCCAACCAUUUAAGAGUUACACGACAUAUAUGGGGGAUCGAGACGAAACUUCUGAAAUGUUUGAGAAAAUUAACGAAGCCGUUAAAACACUUUCCUGUGAGAUAUACAUAGAUUGGUCUGAUGAAAAGGGAUUUGAUCAAUAUGUCAGUCUCACGCCAAACUGCAAGAAUUACACUUCGACGAUAUUUUUAGAUGUAUUAGACACAUUCCGUCCAAUCUGUAACAACGGUUUAGUGACAGUCAACACAACAGGAUUUAGAAAAUUGAUAGAGACGACUAAACUUGAAAGUGUCAUUCGUAAUUGUUACCCGACACAAAUAGAGUUUGUUGGCAAUGGAAUUGAUAUGUCACAAAUGCAGUUGGAUAACACAAUUGAAGUCUUGAAAAUAGAAUACAUAGAACCACGAAACGAAAUGGAAAUGGGUAAUAAUACUAACGAGUUUACACUACCAAAGAUAUUAAAUGUGAAAGAAGUGAUCAGUGUCAAUACGCAAAUAACAUUUUCUAACACGUGUCCUUCAGUAAAAAAGGUCACACUUGAAAACUUUGCUUGUGAAGUAAAAACUACCAGAAAAGGUGAUAAAAAGGUGUGGGAAAGUAUACCAAAUUUUCCAUUUGUUUGUGUUGAAGAAAUGUCAAUUAAAAAUUUGAGAAAGGAAAUUGACUUUAUGAUGUUAAAACAGUUGAAGAAGUUAAAUUUGGAAUUCACAAACAACUGUGACGUUUUUGUGAAUAAAAACUGUGCCAAUGAUAUUAAUAUGAUUCAAUUGAAUAAUUGCACGGUGACAAUCGACGCUGAAGAACACAACGAUUUUUCUUUUAAUAUGUUCACAAAUACAAAUUUCGUGUUUUUGAACGACAAAGACUUGAAAUUGCAUUUUAAAGGUUGCCAAAAUAUAAGUGUGACAACACAAAAUGUUAUCAAUUCAUUAACACUUGAUGAUUGUGUCAAACCAACGGUAUCAAGCAAAGUAAUUAAUUUGAUUGUGAACAAAUCAAAACUGACAAGUUCACAUCAAAUCAGUGCAGAGAAUAUAACACUCUGUUCAAUCAAAGACUUCAUCCCAAUAAGUUUUAAAGAAACAAAAAAUGUGUUUUUAUUUAACAUGAACAAUUUUGUAUUCAAAAAUACGUUCGAAAAUUGUACGACUCUGAAAGUUGAUUACUGCGACAAUUGUGAAUUUUUGUUUGAAGCAAACAAGUUGGAAACACUUUCACUUAACAGUUCUAAAAACAUUCAAUUUGUUGGCAAUUUUGACUCAAUAAAAAAUUGUGUUGUUUCGAAUAAUUCAACCUUUAAAUUCCCAUCAGAACUCAAUUCAAUUUUUCACAAAGUUCAAAGUAGCAAUAAAGAUAAUGUUUGUGUCACUGAGAUGAUGACUUAUGAAGAAUACAAUACGGCUAAAGAUAAAUUAGUCUCAUUAUAUUCAAGAAUGACCAAUAAUAACAUGGGCAACUUGGACACAAAAACUGAAACUGUCAACUUAAAGGAUGUAGUGAUCGACCAUCCAAAUUUUUUAUUAAAAAAUUGUGUUUGUUCGCCCAGAAAGUCAAUUCAUUUGAUUCAAAAAAUUGAUAUUUUAAACUCUGUUAAAAUUGAAAAUUACUGCGGGAGUUUAUCGAAUUUGCGCAGUGUCGUUUGUGGGACUUAUGAACUUGUGAAUUACAUUAAUCCAACACCGGGAGGCCUUAUUCUACUUGGCGCACCCAAUGUCAUAUUUAAGAAGUGUACAGAUUUGGGUUUUAUGUUGGAUAGCGCCAAUAGGUCGAUUUCAAUGUACGACUCAUCUAUAACACUUAAUUUUCAAAUUGGAAACAUAAUAGAAAUGUUGAUAAUUAAAAACACAACAAUUAACAAUUUUAGUGGUCAACAGUUUUCUGAAAAAGAUGCCGUUGUUAAGAUGGAAAUUGACAAUUCGCACAUCCCUCGGAAUUUAUAUUCUCUAUGUUCAGAAGAAUUGAUUGAGAGAAAUAUCACUGAUUUUAAAGAAAAACAAAACGUUAAUGCUCAAGGAAUGAAGUGUGAACACUGCGAAAAUAUUGUUUUGAAUAUUGAAAGUGAGACUUCACAUGUAGUAUUAGAGCAUUGUAAAGAGUGUUCUGUUGCUAUAAAAGUAAAUGAAAAUGUUCAACUUGAUAAUUGUGAAAAUGUUCAUAUCAUUGAAAACAAACAGUUAUUGCCACAGAACGACCAAUAUGCUCAACAAAAUCGAGCAUUUGGGUUUGGGCAAACACGACCUAUGUUUUUCCAAAAUCAACACACCCAAUUGUUUUUAAAUGGAUUUAAAUAA